AUGUAUGUAAGUUCAGAAGUUCCUUUACAAAUAUGCGAUAAAGAUCAAAUAUGGGUAGAUACGUCUGAUGUUUUUUCAACUACUCAAAAAUUUAAUACACGAGAAGAGGUGAUAAGAUGGAUUAAAGAGAUCGGAAUCCGAAAUAAAGUUACGGUUAUCAUCACUCGUUCAGAUAUUAAAACAGGUAAGAGAGGAAGAAGUAACAAAUUAAUAUUUGGAUGUGAUAAAGGAGGAAAACACAGAGAUAUUGUUAGUGGAACUCAGAGUGCGACGAAAAAAUGUGAAUGUCCAUUUAGAAUCAGAUCAAUUCCAGCGGCUGAGGGAUCUGGAUGGAAAAUUGAUGUAAAAUGUGGAGUUCAUAACCAUGAUUUACCUGAUAGAUUAGAAGGUCACGCAUUUGUCGGUAGGUUGACAGCAGAUCAGAAGCAACAUGUUAUUGAUUUGACAAAGAGAAAGGUUCCACCUAGACAUAUACUGCUUUCAUUGCAAGAGCAAGAUCCAGAUAAUGUCACUCGGAUCACGCAAAUAUACAAACAGAAGAGUACGAUAGUAAAAAAUAUAAGAGGUUCUAGAAGUGAGAUACAACAUUUGUUUAAGCUUAUUGAGGAAGCAGGUUAUGUUUAUUGGAGUAGAAAAAGAGAUGACUCUGAAGUUAUUAGAGAUAUCUUUUGGCCUCAUCCAGAUUCAGUUAAGUUGUUGAAUAUUUUUCCUACUGUGCUAGUUAUGGACAACACUUACAAGACAAACAAAUAUAGGCAACCUCUGUUUGAAAUUGUUGGAAUGACAUCAACCGAGUUGACUUUUGCUGUCGCAUUUUCCUAUAUUGAGUCUGAGCAAACUGAGAAUUUUUGUUGGGUGCUAGAUAAGCUUAAACAAUUGUUUGUGAAAAAAGAGUUGUGUCCACAAGUGAUUUUGACAGAUAGAGAUCUUGCUUGGAUGAAAGCCAUUGAAAUUGUAUUUCCAAGGUCGAUCAAUAUGCUAUGUCGAUAUCAUAUUAACAAGAAUGUUGGUGCAAAACGGAAACAAUAUGUGGCUAGUGACAUGCAAAAGAAAAUUGACGAAUUAUGGACGGAGGUUGUAUGGGCUAGUGAUGAGGUUGAGUAUGAUCAAACGUUGAAACAACUUGAGCAGGCGUGCGUUGAUUGUAAUGAAUUUAUUGAUUAUGUGAAGGACACAUGGUUGACACCACAUAGACAAAGAUUUGUUGAAGCAUGGAUUAAUCGAUUGCUACAUUUUGGUAACACCACGACUAAUCGGGUCGAGUCUGCUCAUUGGAAGUUAAAGCAAAUGUUGGGGAACAGUAUUGGUGACAUGGUCAAAUGUUGGGAGGCUAUGAAUGACAACUUAAAGUUACAAUUGGGUAAUAUUAGAGCUUCUUUUCAAAAGAGUUUUUAUGAAGUUGAGCACGCUCAUGUAAGUCCAUUUUACAAUAAUUUACGUGGUUCAGUGUCUCGAGAUGCAUUGAGACGCAUUGCUGAAGAGUUAAAACGAGUUGAUUAUGUUGGAACUAACAAGGAAAAGUGUCGUUGUACUCUUAGAACAACCUACAGAUUACCUUGUGCUUGUGAGUUGACAGGAUAUAGAAUUGAUGGUAUACCGAUACCAAUAGAGGUUGUACAUGUUCAUUGGAGAAAACUAAGUAUGGAAGUUAAUUUGGACGAAGACGUAGACGAUGGAUCAGAGGUGGAUAUGAGUGGUGCAAUAGAUGAGUUAUGGAAAAGGUUUAAGUCACUGGAUGUUGUUGGAAAAAGGGCAUUAAAAAGUAGGGUUUUUGAACUUGCCUUCCCAACAAUGACUUCUAUGUGUCCACCACCUGAGAAAAUAAAAACUAAAGGGGGAGUCAAGAGAAAAGACAAAAAACCAGUAGGAUAUGAUGUUUAUAGAGACCCUUCGUAUCACGAAUAUGUUGAUCAAGCAUCUCAAUCUCAACCAUCACAAACUUCGAAGAAGACUAAAUUAUCACAGUCUUCACAAAAGAAAUCUCAACCAUCACAAGCUUCGAAGAAGAUCAAAUUAUCACAAUCUUCACAGUCAUCUAAGCAGUUCAUCCUUCAGUUUCCUAAUCACAUUCGAUCCUAUAUUGAUGAUGUAGUUAAUGUUGUAUCAGAUGGUAAUUGUGGUUUUAGAGUCAUUGCUUCAUUGCAUGGAUUUGGUGAAGAUGGUUGGGCAAUGGUUCGUCGAGACUUGGGUUUGGAAAUAAUACAUAACGAAAGAUCAAGUUUGUAUGCCAAUUUAUUCACUGAUCAGUUAGCAGUGGUGAGAGAAUCUUUGAUGAUAGAGGAAGUCGGUCCUCAACCACCACAUAAAUGGUUAACUCUACCAGAUAUGGGUUACGUGAUAACGAAUCGUUAUAAUGUUGUACUUGUCUGUUUAGGAAUUGAAUGCUGGACUUUCUUCCCUAUGACAACUUCAUUUUCACCAAAUGUAGCAAUUUACUGCAUUGGUUUUGUAAACAGAAAUCAUUGGGUUCAGGUAAACAUGAAAGAAGGGUUUCCAUUGCCACCAGUGACAGUAGAUUGGAAGAAGUUUCGUUCUCCAGCAGCAACAUCUUGGAUGCUAGGAUUUGCAAGACGUCUACAACAUUGGCAACAACUUACGCCUAUAUUACCAACGCAUUAUACAUUAUAA